CUGCCCAUUCCCCAAAGCGCUUCUUCAAAUCUGACCCAUCGCAUCUGCCGAAGGGCAGACAGUAGACUCGAAAGCCGCCCAAGCAGCUUCGACACAGCCCCCCAAGACGAACAGCGCCAUACGCAACCCCCGCGGCGAAGAUGUAGUCCAGCAACCCGCUCAGCGGCCGGAAAAACUCCUUCACGAGGCUAGGAACGCUCACACCGUUCUGCAUCUGCGCCCAGUUCUUUCCUAAUUGGAGCGCAGCCUUGCCGUUUCUAAUUAGAGCGCAGCAACCUUGACCUUUAGCCUUCUUCCGCUGUCUUCUUUGUGGGCGUGUGUGCGUUUCGGCGUUGGUACUCCUCUCCCUCAAGCUAAAAUGUCAGAGGAAGAAGACAUACAGGUCGACGGAGGUGAGGAGGAGGACCCGGAAGACCCUCAGGAGGUCCUGAGAGAGAAAUGUGGGGAGACCAAGAAGUGCUUAGCGCUGAGGGAGAAACUAGACACAUGCAGCGAACGGGUAUCUAGCAAAAGCAAGACUUCAGAGACAUGUACUGAAGAACUGUUUGACUUUAUCCACUGCAUCGACCAUUGUGCGGCAAAGUCACUGCUCAAGCAUCUCAAGUAACUCAGCUAGCUCAUCUAGGGAGUAUUGUUUAGCUUCCCACGUUAUGUGUAUUCAUGUGUAUUUAUUGCCAAACACGAUAUAGAAAUAUUAUAUACAGUGUAUAUAGAGUUCACUAGAAAUUGAAAGAAA